UAUAAGUCUUGUUCUUCAAGCCGGGAGGAAGGUGUCCGUAUGUUCCGGUUCCCCAAUUCACCAUUAGCCGAUAUUUGGACGAUUAAUUGCGGGAAUCCUUUGCUGAUUGGAUUUUCACCAAAGAAGCUGAACAGGAUCAAAGUUGUUUGUGAGAAGCACUUUCCGAAGGAAGCAAUUCUUCCAAGUGGAAGACUGAUCCGUGGUUCAGUGCCCUACCCUUAUGCUGCGGAUUCAGAAGUUGAAGAUCCAUCUGUUGUUGCGGAUUCAGAAGUUGAAGAUCCAUCUGUUGUACAGUCUCCUGAUGUCCAUCUUAGCCGAAGUAUAUGUUCACCAAGAAGAUAUCCAGGAAGACCACAAACAGACAUCAUGGCCUCUCCUGCUGUAAGCACGUCAUCUGCAACUUUUGAAAUUGAGCAGUCUCCAUCAGUGCGACAAUGGAUUGUGAAUGCGUCACCGCAAGCAAGCAGAUUUGUAGGGAGAUCAAAUCUACAAACCGUAAGGAAGACCCUUUUUGAAUCACCAUCAAAAAAACGGAUCCAGGAAAAUCUCACAAGAAAAAAGAAGCAAUUAGCAUCUAAAAUGGCGACAAUAUCAGCAUUGAAGCGGCAAAUCCGAAAAUUAAAGCAUUUUAAACCAACGCUGCAAAAUAUCACAGCGGGUUUAAAAUCCAAAGCUGCAGCAACACUUUUUGGAAUGCAGCUCCACAAAAAAAGGCAAGCUUGGAAGAAAGACGAAAUGAAGUUUGCCAUUGAAUUGUAUUUAAGGUCUCCUGCUGCCUAUAGAUUCUUGGCAAAAAAAAUUACCUUACCAGGAAUAUCUACGCAAGUUAUUUGA